AUGGGACAGUCCAACAGCAGGAAAGAGGAAGGGAAGGAGGAGGGGGAGAAGAAGGAGGGCGAGCAAGAGGAGGAGAAGGAGGGGAAGAGAAGAGGAGACAGCAACGGGACAAAGAAACUAGGAAAGGGAUCAGGUGGAGACCGAGAGAAGGAACACAAGAGUGACGAUGGUACGAAUGCGCACAAUGAAGGUGGACAAGAUGAGGAUGACGAUGAUGAGGACGAAGAUUAUGACGAAGACGAAGACGAAGACGAUGACGAUGACGAUGACGACGGCGAGGACGGGGACGAGGAGGACGAGGAGGACGAGGAGGACGAGGAGGACGAGGAGGACGAGGAGGAGCAAGAGGAGGAGAAUGCGAAAGAACAAUAUGAUGAUAUGGCGAAGAAACCAGAAAAGCCAGAAUUUGAAGGCAGCAAGCUUGAUAAAGUGAAGCAGGGGACACAAUUCAACAAGGAGAAACAUGCUGCAAACGUCAACAACCCCCAACAAAGGAACAGGCACGAUAAAGUUGCCGUCAACAUUGGGAAAACGGAGCCACCAGAACGAGAAAGCAUCCUAAGCAGACAAGACGGCCAUGACGUGGAAGCAGGCAUGGCCCUGAUGAGGGGGGGGGAGAUUCCUCCAGGGAGGAUGCCUGGUCUCAUCCCGUUCACUACCGUGCCCUUCGUAGAGAGUCUUGCCGACCGCCUCUACGAUGAAGCGAUCAUCCAUGGUUGGAUGAGCUGCAUCGACAAGGCCACGAAGAGGAGGAGGGAGCGAUGGUGUGCGCUGCAUGAGAACUACAUGUACGAGUUCGCAGAGAGAUACAAUCAGUUCGUCCUCGCCGACAAGAUCUCCUUGGAAGGAUGCGUGUGCUUCCGCCCAAAAGGAGGUCUUUUCAGCAUUACCAGCACGAGGGUCCUGGUGAAUGAGAUUGUGUAUACGGCAGAUCUGCCAGAGACGGUGGAGGACUGGGUGAAGGCGAUCGCUCUGUCGUCAGUGAUACAAGUCAUGCGGGAGAGGAAGGUGGUUCCACAGCCCAUCAAGGAGAAACUUGACGGCCGGGCGGGGAAGAAGCCUGAAGAGCCAGGGCUGAGCGCCGACUUCGUGCGCCCUCGAGUGCAGGAGCCGAUCCCGAUGAGGUUUGUGUCAAGACGAGAAGUGGAGGAGACGACCAAGCUCGAGAAGUUCAUGCCGGAUCACGAAGGGGCGGACGGCAGGGGCGCCCAUGUUGAGGAGGAGGGGGGAGAGAGGCAGGGAGGCGAUGGCAGCGGGCCAUCGGAGGAGGCUCAGCCCUCGUUGGAGGGCAGGGUGUCAGAGAAGGUGGAGGACAAGAGCAAGAGGAGGCGAGAUGGGCAACGACGAUCCAAACGUGCGGAGCCAGAGCACAAGCCGACUGUGAGAGACAUUGCAAGGAUGGGUAUGCUCUCCUCUCUCCAGCUUACUCUCUCUCCCCUUCUCUCCCCAUGA